AUGGUUGGAAUUCUAUCGCUCAAGUUACUGCCCUUGGUGGCUGGCUACGUCUUUGCUGGCGUUAGCUAUCCAACGAUUCCGACCGACUUGACUACGCCAUUUCAGCAGCGAUUGGCGGUCUAUGGCCCUGAUGCUGUAUCUGUCGGCUGGAACACCUUUCAACAGCUAAAGCAAAGUUGUGUGCUUUAUGGAUUGUCAGAAAGCAACCUGGAUACCAAAGCUUGCUCAUCUUCGUCGACUACCUACGACCCCUCCCGGACGUGGUCGAAUGUCGCCAUCCUAACAGGCCUAACCCCUGGGACAACCUACUAUUAUAAAAUCGAAUCCACCAAUUCGACCGUAGGCCAUUUCCUUAGCCCUCGCGCGCCCGGCGAUAAAACCGCCUUCAGCAUGGACGUGAUCAUUGAUCUAGGUGUUUACGGCAAAGAUGGCUUCACAAGCAAAAGCAGCAAAAAGGACACCAUUCCAGUCAUCGAGCCAGAACUAAACCACACCACGAUUGGUCGCCUUGCAAAAACAGUAGACGACUACGAGCUUGUCAUCCACCCAGGAGAUUUCGCUUAUGCAGAUGACUGGUAUCUCAAAUUUGCAAACCUGCUUGAUGGCAAAGAAGCCUACGAGUCCAUUAUCGAGCAAUUCUACGAUCAGCUUGCGCCAAUUGCAGGCCGCAAGCUCUACAUGGCCAGCCCAGGAAACCACGAAGCAGACUGCUCGGAAAUUCCAUACUUAAACGGCCUUUGCCCCAAAGGACAAAACAAUUUCACUGAGUUCAUGCACCGAUAUGAGAAAACUAUGCCUCAGUCUUUUGUUUCCUCAUCAUCCAACCCAACGGCCCAAACACUGGCCCAAAAGGCCCGCACUCUCUCAAACCCGCCCUUUUGGUAUUCCUUUGAAUACGGCAUGGCGCACGUCGUAAUGAUAGACACCGAGACAGACUUUCCUAAAGCACCAAGCGGCAAAGACGGCUCCGCCAAAUUGAACGGCGGACCCUUUGGAAGUCCGAACCAACAGAUCGAGUUUCUCGAGGCUGAUCUCGCCUCAGUCGACAGGACUGUCACCCCCUGGGUAGUUGUCGCCGGACACAGACCCUGGUACUCAACCGGAAAAUCGUCGAACAUUUGCGGCCCCUGCCAAGAGGCAUUUGAGGGCCUGUUUUACAAGUACGGUGUUGACCUCGGCGUUUUUGGCCACGUGCACAACUCGCAACGAUUUGCACCUGUCGUUAAUGGAACCGCCGAUCCAAACGGUAUGACCGACCCUAAGGCGCCCAUGUAUAUUGUUGCUGGAGGCCCAGGUAAUGUUGAGGGCUUGAGCUCUGUUGGCAGCAAGCCUGCCUAUACAGAGUUUGCGUAUGCCGAUGACUAUAGCUAUAGUACGCUCAGGUUUUUGGAUAAGCAGCACUUGCAGGUUGACUUUGUGAGGUCUUCCACCGGAGAGAUCCUGGAUUCUAGUACCUUGUAUAAGAAACAUGCGACGGAUUUUGUAAAGCAGUGA